AAGUACGCCGCUUUAGGAAGCCGGCUUCCGGAGUCUCCUUUUUGCAACCGGGUCUCUGCGGCGUGGGAUAUCGGCGGGGAUGAGGCAGAAGCACUACCUUGAGGCCGCGGCGUGGAAACUACAAAAUAGCUGCCCGGGCCAGGCCCGCUACCUCCUCUGGGCCUACAGCUCGUCACACGAUGAUAAAAGCACUUUUGAAGGAACAUGUCCAUACUGUUUCCAGUUGCUUGUUCAGGAUAAAUCUCGAGUGCGCCUCAAACCCAAGCCCAAACUGACACCCAAAAUACAAAAACUUCUGAAUCGAGAAGCAAGAAAUUAUACACUCAGUUUUAAAGAAGCAAAAAUUCUGAAAAAGUACAAAGACUCCAAAAGUGUGCUGUUGAUUACUUGUAAAACGUGCAACAGAACAGUUAAACAUCAUGGAAAAAGCAGAAGCUUUCUGUCAGCACUGAAGAGCAAUCCUACCACUCCUACGAGUAAACUCAGCCUGAAGACCCCAGAGAGAAAGACUCCAAGUUCUGCAAACCUAAAUCACAUGUCUGGUUCCAAAGGCAAGAGCCCAGCAUUGAUUUUCAGAACACCUACAUCUGGACAGUCAACAUCCAUUUGUUCCUCAAAGAAUGUGAGCAAAACAAAGAAACACUUCUCUCAACUAAAAAUGUUGCUUAGUCAGAGUGAAUCCAAAAAGAAUCCAAAGAUGGACUUUAGAAAUUUCUUAUCUUCUUUGUAAAAGAUGGACUAUGAAAAUAAAAGUUUAAUGCAAUUUCUGAAACUAAAGUUAGAAAAACUGCUUUUUUAAAAAGUUACUUAUUCUUAAAAUAAAUGGAAACUCAGGUCCAAGA